GAGCUGGCCCUUGCGACUUAACCGCCCGCCCCGCCAGACCAAAUACGUCAAACACGCCAACGCCUGUCAAUUCAACGUCCUUUUGCCUGUCCCAGUCCAAGGAGCCUGCACUUUGUUCUGCUGCGACCCUACGACAUGGAUCCGCCGAACCUGGGCGCACUGGACCUGUCCGACUCGGACACGGACGCCCUCUUCGAUACGCCCGCAGCGCAAAAGGCCAAAAAGAAGAUCAAAGACGAGGCCGAUGCAGGGGACACGGCUGCAAACGGAAAGGCGCGUGCAAAGGAGUCGCAUUAUACAACGGAAGAGGCACGUGAGGAGGCUUUGCGUAGGGAGCUAGCAAGUAUACGGAACGUCAAUAAAGUCAUUGAAGGCGUUAUCGGGAGCCUGCAAAAGGCAAAGGACAACAUGGCUACCGUAUCACGUACCGUUCAAAAUGCAUCGACCUUGCUUCAGACAUGGACCAGAAUACUAUCCCAGACCGAACACAAUCAACGGCUCAUCUUAAACCCUCAAUGGCAGGGGGCAUCGCAAGAUCUGAUCGACAUUGAAGAAGAAGAAACAUAUCGUCAGCAGGCUGCACAGCGCCGAGCUGCCGAAGAACAGGCACGAAGGGAAGCUGCGGCGAGGAAGAUUGAGGAAGAUCGUAGGAAAGCGGAGGCAGCACCAAGAGGAGGGACCCGGGGAAGAGUGAGAGGUGCCAGACCGAGAGGAGCUUCGACAUCGUCCACGGGCAACUAUGUUGGAGUAGGUGGACAGACGGGACGAGGUCUCACUCGCAGCGAUUCACGAGGUCGAGCAGGUAGUGGUAUUGGACGAGGACUUCGUGGACGAGGAAGGGGACUGGGUUGAGGGAAGGUGUUGCUUCGAUACGCCAUAUAUCCUGGUCGAUCCACGAUCUGCACGCGCCGUGUGAUCGUCCUGAGUUAUGAGUCGCAAACCUCAAUCGCCUCGUCGUGUAUUAAUCUCUCCGGGCAAGUAUGUCAGGUACAAUCAUCCGUACCUGCAGCUCGAUGCAGUCAACGGGCCGGGUGGUGGAGCGGAUACAUUUCUCAAUCUGGAAUAGCUCAUAACCCCA